AUGGAAUCUCCAGUCAGCAAACUGUAGAGGAAUAAUGCUUUACUAAACCUUACCCUAGAAUAUUUGGAGUCACUGGCUAUGAUUAGAAAAUAAACUCAGGAGAUGUCGAUGGAGCAUUCAAUUUAAUAGGUUGUGGCUAGCAUCGUAAUAAUUAAUAAAAAUGACGGAAGCUUAAUAAAAACUAUUUAAACAACAACAGCAUCUACUUCAGAUAUUACAAGUACAUCCCUAGAUUUUGAUGCGGGAGAUGAUGUUCUUGUCAGUUUCAUCUACCAAGGCGGCUAAUGGAUCUUAGGAGUUUAUAAUGUUUAAACUGGACUUAAAUGGAUUAAGAGAAUGGUAGUAUCAGCAGCUACCUAUCCUGGUCUGAUAGCAUAAUACACUGAGGAUAAUUAAAUGAUGUUAGCUACUGGAUAAAUGAGAUUCUAACCACCUUCAUAAUCACCAGUAGAUUAUUUCACACUAAUUGGAAUAUCAAAGUAAAGUGGAAUUCAAAAUUUUGCUUAUAUCAGCGACAAAUCACAAACAAGCAGAUCUUUGUUCUAUGGAGUAAGUUCAAGAAAUUACAUAAAUCCUGAUGACAACUCUAAUUGGAGUUUCAUGUUUUUUUGCACGAGAGAAUUCACAAAUAAUGUGCCAGACAAAAAUCUCUUUGUAUUCCAAAAGUUCUCAUUAAAUUACGCUGCAGAAGGAAGCUCAAUGCAAUGGGAAUAUCCUAUAAAUAAGGGAUUUUGUACAUAGGUAAUAGCAAUUAAUAAAAGCAAAUUCUUAAGCUUAUUAAAUGUUCCCUCUGAUGAUUAAGGAACUUUAGCAUCAAGAUUUUUAAAAAUGAGUCUAAACGCAGAUAAAUCUAUGUAGAUGAUUGAUGUUAAAAUUCCAAAAAUAAGUGGCACAGACAUGCAAUCAAUCAAUAUAAGAAAUAUAUUUGGAAAGCCCACUUUCUAUAUCUUCGGAUAUUCUAAAAGUUUUGACACUCAAAGCUUUACAAAUAAAGUUGGAUUCAUUUCUAAUGAUCCAACUAAUUUUUAAAAUUGCAUGCAGAAUUUAUAAAUUGCUGAGCAAAAAGUACCUUUAGCUGCAGCAUCCAAUAAUUAUUAAGCAUCUCCUACUAAUUACCUUUAGAAUUCUAAUAUUCAAUUUUCAGUCAAUAACUAAGUUACUCUACAAUAAUUUACUUCUAAUAACUACUAAUCAAAUACUUUUUGUACUGCUUAUAAAUCACCUGUUGCAGUAAUCGCCCCAGUAGUUCCACCCAAACUAGAACUAAACAUUAGAACUACUACUCCUUUAACUUUUGCUUUACCGAUUUUCACUUUAGAUAAAGCAUGUGCUAAUGUUUAAUGGACUUAUAGUUUGACAGUAGAUGGCACUAAUAAUAUUCCUAGUGGAUUUUCUUGGGAUGUUGCAACUAGAGGUGUUAAAGUCUUAAAUAGUGCAGCCAUUGCUACUUACAAAGUAAAGGUUAAAGGUCAAAUUAAUGAUGGAAAAAGUGCAUAAACUACAGAGGUCUAGAUAGUAGUUGGUUAUCCGAACACUGGUCCUCCAAAAUUUAGCUCUACCUUACCAAUGAUAUUUGUGAGAGUUGGAGAAGAAAUAUCUUUUGAUCUUCCGACAAUUGAAGAUCCAGAUUUUGAUACUGUGCAAAUAUUCUUUGAUAAAAAACCUGUAUUUGCUAGCUAUACGAGCGGAACAAUGACUUUUAAACCUAAAAAAGCUGACAUAGGUAUUUACUUCAUCUCGAUAAUAUUAAGUGAUUACAAUAAAAAUGGUUCAAAGUAAACUGUUUAUUAACUAAAAACAGUAGCACUUAAACAAGAUUCAACUUUUGAGUCUCAAGCAGUUUAUAGUGAUGAAGAAGUUCAAACUAGUUCUAACUCUAAUUAAUAAAGUAAUCAGAACUAAUAAAAUCCAAAUCAGGGUGGAACAGGAGGUGGUACUGUAAAACCAGCUGCAGGAGGUGGAGCUGGGACUUAACCAGGUGCAGGUGGUGGCUCUUAAUCAGGAUCCGGAGCAAAUGGUUAAGGUUAAGCUGGUUAAGGAGGCCAAUCAGGAUAAAAUGGGCAAUAACCUAACUAAGGAGCAGGUUAACCGGGUGCGAAUGGAGGCCAAGGUUAAGGAGGACAGCCUGGUGGUGAAGGUGGCUAACCAGGCGGUUAAGGAGGACAACCUGGCGGUUAAGGAGGACAACCUGGUGGUCAAGGAGGUCAACCUGGUUAAGGAGGUCAACCUGGAGGCUAGGGAGGCCAACCUGGGGGCUAGGGAGGGCAGCCGGGAGGUUAGGGAGGAUAACAAGGUCAAUAGUAAAAAAUCGGAGGUAAGCUAGUUCCCAAAAAGGAUACUACCGCUCAAUCAAGUGUUUCUGUAACAAUUACUGAUGUCUCAAUUCAAGGAAUUGCGACACUAAGAUUUUCUUAAAACAUGGAAAUUCCAGAAAACUAUACAUCCUUCAACAAUGCUUAAAUGCUAUUAUCUUACAUCAGUAGAAGUUAAUCUCAGUCAAAUGUAACUAUUGAAUCUUGGCAAAUAAUAAAGUUCGAUGGGUAAUUCAUGCAGAUCAAGGUAUAAUUCUCGAAUCCAAAUUUGGUUUCAACGUCUUCUGAUAAAGAUGAGAUACUCUUAGUUUUUAUUGAAAAUGGUCUGUUUAGAACAAAGAGUGGUUUGACCCCUGUUAAGUAUUUGUACAAAACUGCAUCCGAAGUACCAUAAUAACUUCCAGAUAAUUCAAGUGUCGUAGUAACAAGUUUCGCAGCCUAAUUAUUUCUAACAAAUGAACUUAUUGCAAACUUAAAACUUAACGUAAUGAGCAUGAACAAAAAGGUUGCACAAAAUAUGAAUAAUGCAGGUUACGGCUCAUAUAGUUUUCUAGAAAAUCUAGGAGUAUUUUUUGUAGUCAUAAUGCUCAUAAUUCUUGUAACUUUCCUGCUUAUACUUCUUAAAGUUCUAUCAAAGAGAUGGAUGGCAUUUGAAUAUCCCUACAACCUAAUAUACAAAAAAAUCUUCUUCAAUGGUCUGACAAGAUAUUUUCUUUAAGGCUAUUUAGUAAUAUGCUCUACAACAUUCCUCGGAACUUUAGUGAUUAAUUUUGAAACAGAUGUUGAUAUCACAAACUCAAUUCUGACAAUGAUUACAUUCACAGUUCUUCCAAUAUGGCCUCUAUUCAUCCUAUAGUUCCUUAAAAAGAACAAAAAUAAGCUAAAAGAUGCUAAGUUCAAAUUGAAAUUUAAUACAAUGUAUCACGCCUAAAAUAUUAAGAAUCCACUAUCGAUGUAUGUUACCCCAUUAUUUCUCUUAAGAAGAUUCUUAUUUUCGUUUACAAUGGUAUUUUUGGUUGAUUAUGGCUUGUUUCAAAUUGGAAUUAAUAUGUUUUUCUCACUAUUUUACUUUUGCUACCUAAUUAGAGUUAGGCCAAUGGAUAAGAACUAUUUAAACAAUUUGGAAUUAGUGAAUGAAGGCUCAUUGCUAUCAUGCUACUGUUUGUGUUUUACUUUCACAGAUUUUGUCCCUGAUGCUGAAAUAAGGUACACAAUGGGAUGGGCUUUUGUUUUUCUAACCUCGGUCAAUCUAACAGUAGGUUUGAGUGCCUUACUUUAGAAAUUAUAUACCUCGGCGAAAAAGGGCUUUAAAAAAGUCAGGAUAUGGUUUAAAGAGAAAUUUGGGAAAGAGAAGGAAAAGAAAUUGGUUGAUGAUGAAAACAAAUUUGAAAAGGUCGUACCAGAGGAACUUAUUUCACAAAAGACAUUAAAUGAAAAAACUUUAGUUGAUGUUGAAGAGUAUGAUCAACUCAAUGAAAUAAAAUCUAUUGAAAAAAAUCCAUAAGAUAUUCAAUACCUUCAAUCUGAUGAAACUUCUAUUAAAUAAAAAGAACUUAUCAAUCAUUAACUAGAAGAGAAUACUUGGAAUAGAAUGAGAUGGAAUGAAACAAAUCAUAGGAGAAGUGACUCUAGACAUUCUGCUAAUAUGUCUUUCUAAAUUUCUGAGAGGCCUUUGCUUUAACUAGAUGAAAAUUUAUUUAUCCCAUCUUAGCCUGACAAUUUAUUAGGCAUUGAUCAAAAUAACUACCAUAGUAACGAGAUUGAAUUUUAAAAAGAUUAAGUAAUCGAAUUUAUGAAUUAGAGUGAUGAUUUUGGGGUGUAUAGUAAUGGAUUUAAUAAAAAUGAUCCCAAGAAUCAAAAUGAUAUCAUAACCUUUAAAAAAUAGGCACUUAGUUAUGGAUCAGUAAAUGAUUUAGACUUGACUUUGAAAAAUGAUGUUUUUGAAAUUUAGAAAGAAUUGGAAAAUGAUCCUUAUCUUAAUCACAAGUAAAUUUUUGAAAAUUAAAGACCUAACACAACUCUUUAAAAUAACAGCAGACUUAGACCAAAAGUUGAUUAGUUAAUGGUUUCUAGUUCCUAAUUUUAUGGCAUCCAGCAAAUAUAAACAAAAAAAUGA